ACGUCACGUAGUGUCGCGAAGUGAUGACGUACGUCAUUCCAGUCAACAUGGCGAAGAAACAACGUGCGAAAACCAGGUCCUCGGCCGGGAAAACCGACAGCGAAAAACAGGGGAAACAUUUCGCCAUGGCAUUUGAGUCCAGUGACGAAGAGGCACCGGAGGAAGUCACGUUUGAAGACUCGAAAGUUCAGGCUCUCCGGAGCAUGAAGCACGCGCUGGACACCGCCAAAAGGGAACGAGAGGAGCUCAAAGAGAAGCGCAGGAGGAGGCAGGAGCUGUUCCAGGAGCAGAAGAAAAGGAAACUGCUGUCGGCUGAUGUGUUGGCGGAAAUCGACUCCACGCCCUCGAAACUGCUGCUAAAAGAGUCAGACGGCGAAGGUAAGGAGGCUCCUACCGAGGAGGAGCAGGAGGAGGAGGAGCAGGAGGAGGAGGAGGGAGGAGCCCAGGAGGCGCCCAGGAGGAGGAGGGGGGCCAGGAAGAAGAAGACGAGCGGCAAAGGGCAACACGCCAGAACGAAAAACUUCAUACCGAGGCCUGUCCUUGUAAGAAACACCAUGUUCGCAGAAUUAUUAGAAGACCUGAAGAAGACUGGACUCCGAGAUGCUCCUGCUGAUCACUGCUAUGCUGGACCUGAAGAUGUGGCCUGUGAUGUCUGCUCUGGGAGAAAACUGAGAGCCAUCAAGUCCUGUUUGAGCUGUGUGGCCUCUUACUGUGAGGAACACCUUCAGCCUCAUUAUGAGUCACCUCCACUAAAGAAACACAAGCUGGUGGAGCCCUCCAAGAAGCUCCAGGAGAACAUCUGCUCUGUCCACGAUGAGGUGAAGAAGCUGUUCUGCCGCACUGAUCAGAAGUCCAUCUGUUCUCUCUGCUCUGUGGAGGAGCAUAAAGGCCACCACACAGUGUCAGUGGCAGCAGAAAGGACUGAGAGGCAGAGAGAGCUGGAGGGGAGGCGGCAACAAAUCCAGCAGAGAAUCCAGGACAAACAGAAAGAUGUGAAGCUGCUCCAGCAGGAGGUGGAGGCCAUCGAUCAGUCUGCUGACAAAACAGUGGAGGACAGUGGGAAGAUGUUCACUGAGCUGAUCCGUCUCAUCCAGAAAAGUCGCUCUGAUGUGGAGCAGCAGGUCAGAUCCCAGCAGCAAACUGCAGUGAGGGGAGUCAAAGAGCUUCAGCAGGAGCUGCAGCAGGAGAUCACUGAGCUGCAGAGGAAAGACGCUGAGCUGCAGCAGCUCUCACACACAGAGGACCACAUCCAUUACUGCAUGAACUGUAUUAAAGCCCACUUUGAUGGAGAGGAUCAGAAGGGAGUUCACAGCUGCCCUCAAUGCAGGGAAAGCUUCAUACCAAAGCCUGUCCUGGUAAAAAACACCAUGUUAGCAGCUUUAGUGGAGCAGCUGAAGAAGACUGGACUCCAGCCUGCUCCUGCUGAUCACUGCUAUGCUGGACUUGAAGAUGUGGCCUGUGAUGUCUGCUCUGGGAGAAAACUGAGAGCCAGCAAGUCCUGUUUGGUCUGUGUGGCCUCUUACUGUCAGGAACACCUUCAGCCUCAUUAUGAGUCACCUCCACUAAAGAAACACAAGCUGGUGGAGCCCUCCAAGAAGCUCCAGGAGAACAUCUGCUCUGUCCAUGAUGAGGUGAAGAAGAUGUUCUGCCGCACUGAUCAGAAGUCCAUCUGUCUUGUCUGUGCGAUGGAGGAGCAUAAAGGCCACCACACAGUGUCAGCGGCAGCAGAAAGGACUGAGAGGCAGAGAGAGCUGAAGGGAAGGCGGCAACAAAUCCAGCAGAGACUCCAGGACAAACAGAAAGAUGUGGAUCUGCUCCAGCAGGAGGUGGAGGCCAUCGAUCAGUCUGCUGACAAAACAGUGGAGGACAGUGAGAAGAUGUUCACUGAGCUGAUCCGUCUCAUCCAGAACAGACGCUCUGAUGUGGAGCAGCAGGUCAGAUCCCAGCAGCAAACUGCAGUGAGGGGAGUCAAAGAGCUUCAGCAGGAGCUGCAGCAGGAGAUCACUGAGCUGCAGAGGAAAGACGCUGAGCUGCAGCAGCUCUCACACACAGAGGACGACAAUGAAUUCAUACAAAAGUACUCCAUACUAACAUAUUUCGAGAACUCUGUGUACUUCCUUGCAAUCCAAUCAUUGUAUCUGCAGUAUUUUGGAAACUUAUAA